AUGAGCAAGUGGACGGAGAACAGGCGGCGGCACAGUGCCACCUCGAUGGGCAGGAAAAACGACUCCGAAUCGGACGGCGAUGACAAUUCCAUCUGUAGCCGUGCGGCGAUUAAACGAAGUGUGGUGUACUACCUAAAAAAUAGUACGCUUCAUGGUUUAAAGUACAUCGCCGAGGAGAGUAUCACAAUUACGGAGCGAGUCUUUUUCGGCAUUGCCUUUGUGCUGGUGGUUAUCCUGUCCGGCUUCUUCAUCUCCAACGUGUACGUGAAGUGGAGCGCUUCGCCCAUAAUUAUAUCGACCAGUGCCAAGCAGAAGUUGACCAGCAACAUGCCCUUCCCGGCGAUCACGAUCUGCAAUCUCAACCAGGCGCUGCUCAGCAAGGUGGAGCGCAUUUCGCGCACCAGCACGAACUUCUCGCUGCUGAUGGGUCUGUGCGACCAGGGCGGCGAUACGACCAUCUCCUACAUCGGCACCUGGAAGUACUUCAAGGCGAUCCUCGUGGAGGUCGCCCAGCCGUGCGAGAAGAUGCUGCUCUACUGCACGUUCGGUUCGCGGGCGGAGGAGUGCUCCCUGCUCUUUAACUCCAUCCUGACGGACGACGGGCUGUGCUGCAACUUCAAUGCCUUGGAUCCCUCCUACCUCAUUCGCAACUACAGCGACGACGUGCGCUGGGAGCCGGCUCAGCCGAAUUCCCGCUACGAGCCCAUCGACUGGACGCCGGAGAAGGGCUAUGCCCGCAAGCUGCCCGAGUUCUACUAUCCGCGCACCUCCGGUGGCACGGGCAUCCGGAUGGGCCUCACCGUCGUGCUGAACGCCUCCCGGGCGGAGUACUACUGCACCAAGUCCAUGAGCGUGGGCUUCAAGAUCCUUGUCCACAAUCCCGCCGAGCUGCCGAAGGUCAGCAACUAUGGCUUCGUGGUCACCGGCGGACAGGAGGCCCGGAUACCCAUCGAGCCGGUUUACGAGGACGCCCUGCCCUCCAUUCGAUCCAUCAAGAAGACGGUGCGUCGGUGCCUCUUCUCCGAUGAGAACGAUUUGGCCUACUACCGAACCUAUUCGCGCAAGAACUGCGAGCUGGAAUGCGAGGCCAAGUUGCUGCUCCGCGAGUGCAGCUGCGUCCUCUACUACCUGCCCCGGAUCGAUCCAUUGGCCAGGGUGUGUGGGCCGAACGAUAAUCUCUGCACGGAUCGGGUGCAGACCGAGAUCGAGUCCUCGCUGACGAACUUGUCCUGCGAAAGCUGCUGGCCGGGCUGCUUUGAGCUGACCUACAAGGCCACUCUUUCCACGGCCUCGAUCGUCUCGGAUCCGCGAUUCCAGGCCGGCGAGAACCUGCCCGACUAUAUCUUCCACGGACCGUAUAGCAACGCCAGCGAGAUCUCCAUCCUGCACUUCUACUACAUGACCAACAUAUUUCGCAGCACCACCAAGUCGGAGAUGUUUGGCUUCACCGAGUUUUUGUCAAAUACUGGAGGCCUUCUGGGUCUCUUCAUGGGCUUCAGUAUCUUCUCCGUGAUCGAGAUAUUCUUCUAUAUCACCGUUCGUCCGUAUUGCGCCUCGCGAACUCUCAGGCAGCGCCACUCGCGUCGCCUGGAGCAGCUCCGCUGGCUGACUCCGGUCCGGUUGCCCGGCCGCAGGAUUCUCCGCCGUAAUCGCGGCGGAAUCAACCGGAAUCCGCCGCCACCCGCCUACAGUGAUCUGCAGAAGAGUCGCGGGAAGAGGAGAAUCUGGCAGAUGCUUCAGGUUCGGCCAGUGGACCCAGUGAAUCCAGUGGAUCCACCUGUCUAUCCGUACCUGGAAUAA